AUGUGCGGAAUCCUGUGGAGAAAUCCCGGAUGCGUACGUUUAUUUGCCAUCAUAUGGGCAGUUGUAAUAAUUGGAUAUUUUGGAAUUGGAUUUUGGUAUUUUUGUCGAUACAUGCGUUUUCAUGCAAAUUCAAUAUUGGACGGAUUUUUUUUUUAUUCAAACAAUUAUUGUUUUGUUGGACCGGAUGCUAUUUUAACAAUUUGGCACAUACUUACUCUCGCAUUGAUUAUUUUAAAUUUAUUAAUGCUUUUUUACGUUGCUUAUCUCCUUAAAUAUGCGCACUGCGUUUGUUUUAUUCCUUGCAGUCCGAAUCCUUGUUUGAAACCACCUCGUCCAUCGACUCCGAAUUGUUGUAAAAAGAAACCGUGGAUCAAAAGAUUUUUAGAGCCUUCCCAAUGUUGUCCACCUACUAAAAUGAUUCCUCAGUGUCCGCCACCUUGUCCUCAAAAACCCUGUCCCGUUCCGUGUCCGAGAAUCAAUGUGGAAUUCAUUCCGAUUCCGGGUUCUCAAAAACUUGCUUGCCCCGAUAGAUCGGACCCGAAUCGUCAAUUGCCUAUGGGUCAGCAACCUCCACAAACUCAAUCUCAACCCCAAUUACAAACGCAGCCGUAUCAAACCCAAGGCCAAUGUCAGCAGCAGCAGGUUACAAAAUGUUGUUCUCAGCAAAAAACAGUGAGCACCCCUUAUAAUCCAAACGACGGUUAUUGCGGCACCUGCUCACCUCAAGAUGUAUGUUCAAAACCACCUUCCAACUUACCUCCCUGUUCGCCUCCUGGUCCAACUUCUUGCUCAGUUCCUUGUUCUUCUGUUAGUCAACCUUCCGAUCGACAAUAUAUACAACAAACUACAACAAACAAAGGAAAGAAAAAAAAAAUUCCUGUAAAAAAAAAAAUAUGGGAGAAAAAUCAUUUGGCCGUGAUUUUGUGA